AUGCUCUCCGGAAUCAAGUACUGGCGCGCGGGCUUGCUCGAUCAAAUGAAUCCGCCGAAGCCCACUUUCGGUGUGGACCAGAUCCCUGACCUCUCGGGCCACGUGGCGAUCGUCACUGGCGGCGGCGCUGGGAUUGGCUACGAGACAUCCAAGGCACUGCUCCAACACCACGCGAAGGUGUACCUUUGCACGCGCGACCAGGGCAAAGCGGAGCGCGCGAUCGUGCGGCUGAAGGCGGAGGUCGGCAAGGACUGUCAAGUUAUUUUCGUGCAGCUCGACCUCGCGAACCUCAAGAGUGUGAAGCGGGCUGCGACCGAGCUCGCGGCGAGGGAGCAUGAGGUGCACAUCUUGAUCAACAACGCCGGUGUGAUGUGGUCUGCGCUCGACGCGCUCACCGACGACGGCUACGAUAUGCAGUUCGGGACGAACGUGAUCGGUCACUUCCUCUUCACGGAGCUGCUCAUGCCUGUGCUUCUUGCUGGCGCACGAGCUUCUCCCGAUGGGCACACUAGGGUCGUCACGGUGAGCUCCCUCGCGGCAUACAACACGGGGGAGGUGUGGUACGACGCCCUCCGCGACGGACCCACGAGACGGAAAUUGGGGACGGAGAAGUUGUACGACCAGAGCAAGUUCGCCAACGCGGUUGUCGCCCGGCAAAUCGCGCAGCGCUACGGAGAGCAAGGGAUCGUAUCGAUCUCGCUCAAUCCCGGGGCAAUCAAGACUGACCUUCAACGCACCAUGAAUCCCAUCGCUAGACGCAUUGUCCAAGCCGCUUUAUUCCCUCCGACCAUGGGCGCAUUGACGUCACUCUUCGCGGCGACUAUGCCUGAAGCGCUCAACUACAACGGCGAGUUCAUGGUUCCUUGGGCGCGGCUGGGAAAGUGUCGACAAGAAAUGUACGACGACUCUUUGGGGCAGAAGCUUUGGGAGCGGCUCGAGGACGAGACGAAGACGUUUCGAGACUGA